AUGCUGAGUGUGUUGGCAUACGGGAGCAAAGUCUCACAGCGGCAUAAACAGCCCGACUUUGGCAGUAUCAAGGUCGAGCUGGCAUUGGAGAAGCUACAAAUUCAAAACCUGGUUCAGGCAAAGGACGAGGCAACGCAGAGAUUUGAGCAGCUCAGCGCUGCUUUUCAAAAUCUUGAAGCCGGACUCAACGCUAGUGAACCAACUUCUGCGUCACCGGUACCUGGAAAUAGCAUGAUCUCUAUGCUUUCAUCAAUAGACCCUCAGACGGCCGUGCUAGCUCCUGCUACCACUUCUGAAAUCGAAAGCACCGAUAUUGAUACUACUUCCAAUUGUCUCAAAUUAUGCGCGAAUGCCGUGAGGAAGCUCGCCUCCUCCAUCGAUGCAGCUACGCAGCGGUGGGAAGCAAGUCGAGCUUUGGAGUAUGUAGCAAUCCAAUCGGCACUGAACAAAACAACGAAAGCCGUGACUUUACUCCAAGCGUCCAGAAAUCAUGAUUUAAGCGACUACGAGCGCCAAUUAAUGUUGCUGGAUGAACAAAAUAAGAAGAGAAUUUUGAUGGCCAGACAAGAACAAGGAGAGGCGACAAGAGCGGAGCGAAGUGCCCAUCCGCAAUCGAACCAGGCGCUGCCACCGACCGUGCGAUCGCAAGUCCCGGGAUCAGACAUCUCGAGACCGCAAUCGCAGCAAGCGACAUCUAGAUUCCCAAUACAGCCACUAAGAGCAAGACAGCCGCGGACCUUUACCCAAAGCCUCCCUCAACGAGUCUCGCAUCAUCGCAGGGAAUUUGCAGGACACUCCCAGGACUUCGACACUUUCGACUUCGCGGAUUUGGACCUGCAUGACGACUUGGACAGCUCCGGUCUCGUCAGCCUUUUACCAGCGCAGGAGAAUGCAGCCGGAAAUUUCGACUUUUCUGGUGUUGAGCUUGAAUAUGUCCCUAACACGACUGGCAACGCCAAUACAUCCUCAACCCCAGAUUCCGAAACGCCGGAGGAAAGCAUUUUGGAUGAAAAGGAUUGUGAUCGAGAAUAUGGAGGCGCUGAUGACUGGGAAGAUGAUGAAGUGGAUGUGAUUGACGGCCUUCUGAGGCGAUGGACGAAAGUCGCAGCUUGA